GCCGCGGCUGCGCCGGGCAUGCGGCGUCGGCGGUGGCCGCCGCUGUUCUCCGCAGUCGCCAAGUCUCCGUAAUGUGUCUGUGAGGAUGCAUCAGGGAGCAUCCGCCUUUAAGCGACAGCGGAAGGAACCUGAAAGCUGAGAGCUCCGGGUUCUUGAGUCUUGAGCCAGUGUCUGCCCAUUCUGGGCCUCGAGGAAGGACUGGAUGGGUAGAUUGUUCGAGGAUGUUGACGUCACGCUGCGCACCUCGCCACGCUAGUGCUCCGUUUAAUUCCUAUUCUGAAUCACUGUUGCCUUCUCCCUGACUCCUGGACACAAUGUGCCCAUGUCGGGUUUCCAGAAGCAGUGUAAUGAGUUAGUGAACAGCUCGAGCUUCAGCCCCGACUUGACGAACGAAAGCUGUGUUUGUGCAGCUUGGAUUAAUUAGGAGAAAGUCAAUUGCAUCAGCAAGUGGAAAUCUAGGAAGAGGCAAAUUCAAGCAGUUGUUUCAGUACUUAAUUGUCAUUGAUUUUGAGUCGACAUGCUGGAAUGAUGGAAAGCACCACCAUAACCAGGAAAUAAUUGAAUUUCCAGCAGUAUUGUUGAAUACUUCAACUGGAGAAAUUGAAUCUGAGUUCCAUACAUAUGUUCAACCUCAGGAACAUCCAAUUCUUUCUGAAUUUUGCAUGGAACUGACAGGCAUAAAGCAGGCUCAAGUUGAUGAAGGAGUGCCUCUGAAGAUUUGCUUGUCUCAAUUCUGUAAAUGGAUUCAUAAGAUCCAGCAACAGAAGAAAAUUGUUUUUAGUACUGGAGUUUCAGAGCCUUCUUCUUCAGAAGUACAACCAUGUACAUUUGUUACUUGGUCAGACUGGGACUUGGGAGUUUGCUUGGAGUAUGAGUGUAAGAGAAAACAACUGUUAAAACCUGUGUUUUUAAAUUCUUGGAUUGAUCUCAGAGCAACUUACAAGCUUUUUUAUAGGAGAAAACCAAAAGGACUAAGUGGUGCCUUGCAGGAAGUGGGAAUAGAAUUCUCAGGAAGAGAACAUUCUGGGUUGGAUGAUUCUCGGAAUACUGCCCUUCUUGCUUGGAAAAUGAUCAGGGAUGGUUGCCUAAUGAAAAUCACAAGAUCCUUGAACAAGGUUCCCACUAAGAAGAAUCCCAACAUUCUGACCAGAAAUUUGAACAUAAAUCAAGUUGAAGAAACGCCUGCCUGCCACAGUAACAUCCAGAGUCCCAUCAUAUAUGAUGGGGAGCCUAAAAAUUCUAUAAAUUCUCAGGAAAAAAUUCAAAUGAGGUCAGUGUGUGUGAAUUCUCCUAGGAAGUUACAGCAGCAUCAUUUCCAACCAAAGAAUGACUUAAAAGCGGGCUUUCACAACAUCCAAAGUUGCUUAUCUCUUUGUAGUGCCAAACCCUCUACUUCUCUGGGACAGUUGCAGUCUCCCACCUUGAAUUCACCUAUCCAUAUACAGAAGCAAAGACAAAAUGACCAUCUUGCAUUUAAUACCAAAUCUAAGUCUUUAACAACUAGUUCAGAAUUAGUACUUGUUUCUACCACCAUUCCAUCUGUUAAUCAUGGUUGUGACGUGGAAAUGAGUUCUGUUCCUGACUGUUUACCUAUGUUGACUGAUUGGGAGGAUGUAAUUUUACUGCCAGCAUCUCAGCCUGAUCAAAAUAUAGAUUGUACAGCUCCCAUUAGUGUCUCAGGUACCUCAUUUAGUUCUGGAGAAAGAUCAGUGGUUUUAGAAGAACCAGAAAUGCUAAGCUAUGAAAAUUUGGAAGGCAUAGAGAAAACUCCUCAAAGGUUUGAGACCUCCAAGUCUAUUGUGUAUCAGAGUCCUCAUACUACUAUUUAUAAUGUAAAAGAAACCAAAGAUCUAGGUUCAAAUGUUUCUGCCUUUAAGUUACCUGAAUACAAAUCAAGUAGCUUCAACACUAUUAAUGCCAGUACAUCUCAUCCUUCAGUUUUGAGAAAACCUCCUCUUCUCCUAGGUGGUACUAAAAGGAAUCCAUCUAGUCCCCCAACUUUCCCACCAGCAAAAAAACAGACCUUUACUAUUCAUGAAGAAAAGCCUACUUCAUCUGAUUGCUCCCCAGUAGGGAAUUCUUCCCAGAAAGUUCUCCCCGCUGUAUUAACUUCUACAGUUAACCCACAGGAGCCUUGGAAGAGUGGGAAAAUGACACCUCCCUUAUGCAAGUGUGGCCGAAGAUCUAAGAGACUUGUUGUUUCUAAUAAUGGACCAAACCAUGGAAAAGUCUUCUAUUGUUGCCCUAUUGGGAAAUAUCAUGAAAACAGAAAAUGUUGUGAUUAUUUCAAAUGGGAACAAACUCUUCAGAAGGAAAAAGCCAGCAGCAUGGUUCAGUCUCAUUUCACAGGGCAGCUCGUUUUUAGUUCUCCAGAAACAAACCAUGUUCCUGACAGGAAUUCGAGCUUUUCUAUUAAAAAUACUUUGAGACUCAGACCUUCAAUGAGGAAUUGAUAGGCUUAACUUCAUAUCCAAGCUCUGUUUCUAUUUAAUCUGACUUAGUGCAAGAAAGAUUUAAGGACAUGUCUAAGCUCUGUAUACUACACUUGAACUAUCAUACAUACAUACAAACUGAAAGAGAAAAGAUAAAUUUAUGACCUUCCACUUUCAUUCACCAAUUGUCUAACAUUUGUAUUCUGUUUAUUCCUGUAUGAAUCCUAAUUGUUCAUUAAAUUCCCAAACCUGAA